GCGCGGUCGCCUGAGGGCUGCAGCGCUGAGCCGGGCUCUUGGGCCCCGGCGCGCCGGAGCACUCGCGUGGGAGUUAGUGCGAGCGCGGGCGAGCGCGGCCCGGGGCGGGGCCGGCACGGAGGAGGCGCCCGGACCAUGGUCACCCUCGGCUGAGUUUCCGGCGGCGACUUUGAUUACUGGCAAAUAAUCGUAACAAUACCGAGCCUUGGGGCUGCCACCGCCACCCACCGACGCCGCGAGCCGGCACGCGGCCGCAUCACUCACCGCCGAGCCCUGAGCGCCAGCCCCUAACGAGCUGAUGGAAAAAUCUAAAAAUUUCCGCAUCGACGCGCUGCUGGCCGUGGACCCCCCGCGAGCGGCCUCGGCGCAGACCGCUCCGCUGGCCCUGGUCACAUCGCUCGCGGCCGCUGCAGCUGGCCCCGGCGGCGGCGGCGGCGGCGGCGGGGCAGGCAGCGGGACGAGCCGCAGCUGGGGCCUGGCGCUGGGGCUGCACCCGGGGGGCGCGCAGGGCGGCGCGGGCCUCCCGGCGCAGGCGGCGCUCUACGGCCACCCGGUCUACGGCUAUUCGGCGGCGGCGGCGGCAGCUGCACUGGCCGGCCAGCACCCGGCGCUCUCCUACUCGUACCCGCAGGUGCAGGGCGCGCACCCCACGCACCCCGCCGACCCCAUGAAGCUGGGCGCCAGCACCUUCCAGCUGGACCAGUGGCUGCGUGCGUCCACCGCGGGCAUGAUCCUGCCCAAGAUGCCUGAUUUUAACUCCCAGGCACAGUCCAACCUCUUGGGGAAGUGUCGCCGGCCACGCACGGCCUUCACCAGCCAGCAGCUGCUGGAGCUGGAGCACCAGUUCAAGCUCAACAAGUACCUGUCCCGGCCCAAGCGCUUCGAGGUGGCCACCUCACUGAUGCUCACGGAGACCCAGGUGAAGAUCUGGUUCCAGAACCGGAGGAUGAAGUGGAAGCGCAGCAAAAAGGCCAAAGAGCAGGCGGCGCAGGAGGCCGAGAAACAGAAGGGCGGCGGGGGCGCGGGCAAAGGCGGCGGCGCCGAAGACCAGGGGGACGAGGAGCUGCUGGGGCCGCCGGCACCCGGGGACAAGGGCGGUGGACGCCGCCUGCGGGACUUGAGGGACAGUGACCCCGAAGAGGAGGAUGACGAAGACGAGGAGGACCAUUUCCCCUAUAGCAACGGCGCCAGCACGCACGCCGCCUCCUCCGACUGCUCUUCCGGGGCCGACUCGCCGCCCCCGCGGCCCUGCGGGCCAGCCGACAGCGAUCAGAAUGGCAAUGGGUAUCAGCACCGCGCCCUCCUCUGGGCCCUGCGGCCGGUGGGGAACUGGAUUCCGGCCGCUGGGGAGUCGCAGAACACCCUUCCUCGCGCUGGCCAGGGCCGGUUUUCUUGGAUCUGCGCGAAUGUCCGCGAGGACAACAGCGGGCGACAGGAACGCUUCACGCCGGAGCUGCAACGGCUCCGGGUUAAUAAACGGCGGCCGCGCGCGCCAUCAAUCACCCGGGCCGAGCCCGGCCGCCGCCAUGUGCUGCACACAUGCCCGCUCAACCCGCCGCCCCGGCCUCCGCGCUCGCCCUCCCUGCGGGCGGCUCCCCUUCCCCCGGCUCUGACCCCGGGGCCUCUCCUGGGCCCGGAGGAAAUAGGAUCUCCCCGACAGGCGGGGCCACGCUCCCCGAACCCCCUGCCCCAGCCCGACUCUCCCACAGGCUUUGCUGGGAAGACGUCCCCUGCACUUGCCGCAGCCGAGGACAACAAUCACCUGUCGUGA